AUGAUACUUCUUCCUAUUGUAGCAGCAUUGUUGCUAUGGUCCUACCAAGCACAUGCAAAGGCCGUGUUCGCUCAUUUCAUGGUAGGAAAUGUAGAAUCUUGGACUGUCGACCGAUGGACGACCGAUAUUGAUCUCGCCAUCGCUGCUCAUCUCGAUGCCUUUGCUCUCAAUAUAGCCUACGGAGACGAUACAGUCUCUACAUCUGUAUCGUACGCCUUCCAAGCUGCGAAUGCCGCUGGCUUUAAGUUGUUUUUCUCCUUUGACUAUGCCGCCUCCACUGGGGGUGCUUGGCCGAAGGACGAAGUGUUGUCCUAUUUGACAGCAUAUGCUACGAAUGGUGCAUACUUCCAGACUGAAAGCGGACAGCCUUUUGUGUCUACGUUCGAGGGCCCAGCCAAUGCGGAAGACUGGCUCGACAUCAAAAGUCAGACCGGAUGCUUUUUCAUGCCAGACUGGUCAUCGUUGGGCGCUGCGCCCGCGGCUGCUCUUGGAGUUGCCGAUGGCCUCUUUAGCUGGGCAGCAUGGCCGUGGGGGGACCAAGAUAUGGAUACCUCUGUUGAUGCUUCUUACCUUCAAGUCCUUGGAAACUCGUCAGACGGCGGCCAACCUUACAUGAUGCCUGUCUCGCCAAUGUUCUACACCAACUUGCCAGGCUAUGACAAAAACUGGGUAUGGCGUGGAGAUGACCUGUGGUACGACCGUUGGCAGCAGCCCGAUUAUGUCGAGAUUAUCAGCUGGAAUGACUGGGGAGAAUGCCAUUAUAUAGGUCCAUUGGAUGCGGCUCAAUACGAUUCAGUAUUUAGCUCAGAUACUGGCGAUGCCGCCUACAACUACGUCAAAUCCUUCCCCCACGACGGUUGGCGCGCCAUUCUACCAUAUCUUAUUGAUCUUUACAAGACAGGAACUACCACGAUGGAAGAAGAAAUCCUUGUGGUUUGGUCACGCGCCACACUCAGCGAUGCAUGCUCAAACGAUUACACGUCAGGAAACACGGCAAGCCAAUUACAGUUCGAAUUCGAACCCGCCGCGGUUGUUCAAGACAGUGUAUAUUUUACUGGGUUGCUCGCCAAUACAGCAGACAUAACAGUGAACAUUGGAGGCCACGAUGUAGCAGCAACGUGGACUCACUCGCCGAGUUCCCAGGUAGCUGGCUUCUAUCACGGCAGUGCACCUUUCUCUGGAAACACCGGCGAGGUUAUAGUUAACCUAGCGAGGGAUGGAGCGAGUGUUAUGACCAUUACCGGUAACUAUAUCGACGAUUCUUGCGUAAAUUCUAUCAUGAACUAUAACGCCUGGACUGCCAGCACCACCAACGUUUUCGAUUUGGGACUCGAACCGAAUAUCGAAGGCUUUGUUUGCAUCGAAGGCUCAAGCGUGGCAGAAUUCGCCGAGCUUUGCGAUUUCACAUGUGCUUUAGGAUAUUGUCCUAUCAGUGCCUGUGUUUGUUCAAACCUAGGACCUCAACCUACGCUCCCCGAUGCGACUGGAGUAAUAGGCAACCCGACCAUCAAUGUCGAUUACGAAGGACUUUGCGCAUUUGCCUGCAACUAUGGCUACUGUCCUUCAGAAUACUGUAGCACUGUCGAAGUUGCUGUUCCUACCCCAACCGUUUCACCGUUCACCUUCCCCGCAUGUAUUGCUGGUUCUGGGUCUGGCGACUUCACAGACUUGUGUGACUGGGCAUGUAGCUAUGGAUACUGCCCUAUUGCAGCAUGUACUUGCACGGCAACGGGUAUUCUCCCCGACACGCCAGCUUCCACUGCCAGCGUGACCGCUUCAUUCAUCCCAGUUCCGUCAGUCAUGGCCUACGAUGAUCUUUGCAAAUGGACCUGCAGUCGAGGGCAUUGUCCCAAUGUUUGCAGCUCUAACUAUGCCUGUGUAAGUGGAACUGGCUCUGGAAAUUAUGAGGGACUAUGCGAUUACUCUUGUGGUCGUGGAUUCUGCCCCGAUCCAUGCACAUGUCUUGCCAAUGGCACAGUGAGCACUCUUGAUGGCUACAUGGUAAGCCUAAUCUCUUGGUAUCAAUUUAUUUCGAGGGUACUUGGACCAUGGGAUUAUUCCUGGGUUUCCUGUUCCUCUCCUGUGUAUUGCUUAUAA